UUUCUGUCAAGUAUUUAAAUUAAUAUUUUUAGAGGAAAGUUAGGCUAUAUUUAGUGCAAUUUCUACCAAAGACAGUCAUAGUGGCUUCUCUUGGGCAAGAAAACCAGAGAUAUAGAAAGAGGGAGAGAGAGAAAGAGGUAGAGACUUGCCAGAGAGCGAGUGAGACAAGAGACAGGGAGAGCGGGAGAGAGAGGGGAGAAGGAGCACAUCAGCGCGGCAGCAGAAUCAGGGGCAUAUUCAUUAGUCCAAACAAAAACGAGAGUUCAUAUUGGAAGAAGUCAGAUGGCGUGCCAGGGCCUUGCGAGCGGCGAGACUCUGAAGUCGCUGAAGGCGGAGAGCGAGACGCUGAGGAAGAAGCUCGAGGAGGAGCGGAAGAAGCUGCACGAUGUGGAGUUGGAGAAGGUAGCUGAGAAGGCGGAAGCUCUUGGUGAGUUAAACAUGAAGACUCGGAGGACACUGAAGGGCCAUGGCAACAAGGUGCUCUGUAUGGACUGGUGCAAAGACAAACGACGCAUUGUCAGCUCCUCACAGGAUGGGAAGGUCAUCGUAUGGGAUGCUUUCACCACCAAUAAGGAACAUGCAGUGACCAUGCCGACUACGUGGGUGAUGGCGUGUGCCUACGCCCCCUCUGGCUGUGCCAUCGCCUGUGGGGGAUUGGAUAAUAAGUGCUCGGUGUACCCUCUCUCAUUGGACAAGGACGAGAACUUGUCGGCCAAGAAGAAGUCGGUUGCCAUGCACACCAACUACCUGUCCGGCUGCACCUUCACCAACUCUGACAUGCAAAUCUUGACGUCCAGUGGUGACGGUACCAGUGCGCUGUGGGACGUGGAGAGUGGUCAGCUGCUGCAGAGUUUCCACGGUCACUCUGCUGAUGUUCUCACUCUGGACCUCGCCCCCUCUGAGACUGGAAACACCUUCGUCUCCGGGGGUUCUGAUAAGAAGGCUAACGUUUGGGACUUGCGCUCAGGGCAGAACGUCCAGUCGUUUGAUACCCACGACUCUGACAUCAACUGUGUCAAGUACUACCCCAGUGGCGAUGCUUUUGCCUCUGCUUCUGACGACUCUACCUGCCGUCUGUUUGAUCUCAGGGCUGAUCGGGAGGUGUCCAUCUACUCCAAAGACAGCAUAAUAUUUGGAGCCGCCAGUGUUGACUUCUCUCUUAGUGGUCGUCUGUUGUUUGCUGGCUAUAAUGACUACACCAUCAAUGUGUGGGACGUCCUGAAGGGGACCAGAGUAGCCAUCUUGUUUGGUCAUGAGAACAGAGUCAGCUCACUCAGAGUCUCUCCUGAUGGGACCGCUUUCUGCUCCGGGUCCUGGGACAACACUCUACGGGUGAGACAAGAGGGCUAGGGGGUCGGAAGGGAGAUGAAACAAGGAGGGACAACACUCUACGGGUGAAUCAAGAGGGGUAGGGGGGUCGGAAGGGAGAUGAAACAAGGAGGGACAACACUCUACGGGUGAGACAAGAGAGGUAGGGGGGUCGGAAGGGAGAUGAAACAAGGAGGGAGAACACUCUACCGGUGAGACAAGAGAGGUAGGGGGGUCGGAAGGGAGAUGAAACAAGGAGGGACACCACUCUACGGGUGAGUCAAGAGGGGUAGGGGGGUCGGAAGGGAGAUGAAACAAGGAGGGAGAACACUCUACCGGUGAGACAAGAGGGGUAGGGGGGUCGGAAGGGAGAUGAAACAAGGAGGGAAAUAAAAAAUAAAAAAUGUUUUAUUUAACUAGGCAAGUCAGUUAAGAACAAAUUCUUAUUUACAAUGACGGCCUACCCCGGCCAACGCUGGGCUAAUUGUGCGCCGCCCUAUGGGACUCCCAAUCACGGCCGGAUGUGAUACAACAUGGGCUAGAGAGAGGAGUAGAGGCUGACCUAUUUGUGGAAAACCCUGGUUCUGCAGAGUCAUGCGUCAGACUAUCCCCACAGUACAUACUUCUGUUUUCCACUACAGGCACAGCCACAAUAUAGGACACGGAAACCACCACUGAGAGAUGCUGUAGUAGUUGUUCUUCAUUAAUGUCUGUGGAAGUAUAGUAACACAGCCAUAGUCUUCCCUCUGGUGAUCUCACUUACAUCAUUUUAGCAGACACGUUUAUCCAGAGCGACUUAGUGGAUGCAUACUUUUUCAUACUUUUUCCCCCCCAUACUGAUUCCCCGUGGGAAUUAAACCCACAACCCUGGCGUUGCAAGUGCCACGCUCUACCAACUGAGCCACACAGGACCACUUCUUCUCCGAGUUGCUCUGCCUCAUAAUCUACACCGGUCUGACAAAGGAGGAUUCUCCAUCUCCCCCAAAAUCUGAUUCCUAUCAAGGUUUCUUCCUUCCAGGGAGUUUUUCAUUGUCACUAUGCUGCUGCAUGCUCUUUGGGGUCUGGACCGGGUUACUGUAAUAUACUUUUUGACAAGUGUUGUUGUUUAAAUGUCUUAUUGAAUACAAUGUGAUUUACUGAUGUUCUGUGCUUUU